GCCCACCUCGUCAAGAGCGAGAGGGCGAGUUGAGCCGGGGCCAUCGCGUUCGCCGCAGCGCAGAGCAAUGGCGAAUCGAGCGGACUAACCGAGGCGAGGGAGAGGGGGAAACCCUCGGCGGCGAACGACGCAGACAGCCCGCGAGUGACCGCCGCACGCACGAGGGGAGGCCGCGGUCAUCGCCGCUCGCUCGCCGCGUUCAGGGCUGCGUGCAUGGCGGCCCCGCGCGGGGGUCCCCCGGGGGCCGACGGGCGCCAGCGCUCCAUGUCCACGUCCGGCGAGAGCCUCUACCUCAUGCUGGGCCUGCGCAAGGGCGCCACUCCCGACGACAUCAAGAAGGCGUACAGGAAGCUGGCGCUGAAGUACCACCCGGACAAGAAUCCGGAUGACCCCACCGCGUCGGAGAAGUUCCAGGAGAUCAACAGCGCCAACUGCAUCCUGUCGGACCCCACGAAGAGGAGCGUCUACGAUCAAUACGGCUCGCUGGGCCUCUACAUCGCGGAGCAGUUUGGGGAGGAGAACGUCAACACGUACUUCGUGCUCUCCAGCCCCUGGGUCAAGGCUUGCUUCGUGGUGUGUGGGAUCCUCACCGGCUGCUACUGCUGCUGCUGCCUGUGCUGCUGCUGCAACUGCUGCUGCGGACACUGCAAGCCGGACCCCCCCCACGAGUUCACGGACGGUGGCGGCGUCCCACCCAGCGACGACCUCGAUUCACACGAAGGUGACGAUGGUGGCGGCGGCGGUGGUGACGACACGGUGCCGAUAAUUUCGCAGCAACCUCGGCCCGCCACGGAGAGCUCCCAACUCCACGUAGACCCGCCCAGCCCUGGCUACAGCUCCAUGGCCUCUCCCACCGAUAACUGAGCUCGCUACGGAUACGGAGACACACCUGCCCAGGAUACACACACGCACGCGCACGCACGCCACGGAUACACACACACACACACGCCACGGAUACACACACACGCACACCACGGAUACACACACACACACACCACGGACACACACACACCAUGGAUACACACACACACACACCACACACACACGGAUACACACACACACGGAUACACACACCACGGAUACACACACACACCCCACGGACACACACACACACGCCAUGGAUACACACACACCACGGAUACACACACACACCCCACGGACACACACACACCCCAUGGAUACACACACAUACGCACACACACGCCAAGGAUAAAUGCCCGCCACGGAUACACACACAGAUUUUGCCGCCAUGGCUAACCGAAACCCGGCAUGGCUGAUUGAUUGUGCCAAGAUCAACUGACCCCACCAAUGCCGAUCGACCUCGGCACGGCUCACCGAACCCCCUGUCCACGGCUCACCGUACCCCCUGUCCACGACUCGCCAUACCCCCUGUCCACGACUCACCGUACCCCCUGUCCACGACUCGCCAUACCCCCUGUCCACGACUCACCGUACCCCCUGUCCACGACUCACCGUACCCCCUGUCCACGACUCGCCGUACCCCCUGUCCACGACUCACCGUACCCCCUGUCCACGGCUCACCGUACCCCCUGCCCACGACUCGCCGUACCCCCUGCCCACGACUCGCCGAACCCCCUGUCCACGACUCACCGUACCCCCUGCCCACGACUCACCGUACCCCCUGUCCACGGCUCACCGUACCCCCUGCCCACGACUCACCGAACCCCCUGUCCACGACUCACCGUACCCCCUGCCCACGACUCACCGUACCCCCUGUCCACGACUCACCGUACCCCCUGCCCACGACUCACCGAACCCCCUGCCCACGACUCGCCGUACCCCCUGCCCACGGCUCACCGUACCCCCUGUCCACGGCUCACCGUACCCCCUGUCCACGACUCACCGUACCCCCUGUCCACGACUCACCGUACCCCCUGUCCACGACUCACCGUACCCCCUGCCCACGACUCACCGAACCCCCUGCCCACGACUCGCCGUACCCCCUGCCCACGACUCACCGUACCCCCUGCCCACGACUCACCGUACCCCCUGUCCACGACUCACCGUACCCCCUGUCCACGACUCACCGUACCCCCUGUCCACGACUCACCGUACCCCCUGUCCACGACUCACCGUACCCCCUGUCCACGACUCGCCGUACCCCCUGUCCACGACUCGCCGUACCCCCUGUCCACGACUCACCGUACCCCCUGCCCACGACUCGCCGAACCCCCUGUCCACGACUCACCGUACCCCCUGUCCACGACUCACCGAACCCCCUGUCCACGACUCACCGUACCCCCUGUCCACGACUCGCCGUACCCCCUGUCCACAGCUCACCGAUCCCACCAUAACUCACCAAUCCCACCACAACUCACCGAUCCCAUCACAACUCACCAAUCCCACUACAACUCACCGGACCCACCACAACUCACCGAUCCCACCACAACUCACUGAUCCCACCACAACUCACCGAUCCCACCACAACUCACCGAUCCCACCACAACUCACCGAUCCCACCACAACUCACCGGACCCACCACAACUCACCGAUCCCACCACAACUCACCAGACCCACCACAACUCACCGGACCCACCACAACUCACCGGACCCACCAUAACUGACCAAUCCCACCACAACUCACCGAUCCCACCACAACUCACCGAUCCCACCACAACUCACCAGACCCACCACAACUCACCGGACCCACCACAACUCACCGGACCCACCAUAACUGACCAAUCCCACCACAACUCACCGAUCCCACCACAACUCACCGAUCCCACCACAACUCACCGGACCCACCGCUGCUCACCAGACCCACCACAACUCACCGGACCCACCAUAACUGACCAAUCCCACCACAACUCACCGAUCCCACCACAACUCACCGAUCCCACCAUAACUGACCGAUCCCACCACAACUCACCGAUCCCACCACAACUCACCAAUCCCACCACAACUCACCGGACCCACCACAACUCACCGAUCCCACCACAACUCACCGAUCCCACCACAACUCACCAAUCCCACGACAAGUCACCGAUCCCACCACAACUCACCGAUCCCACCACAACUCACCGGACCCACCACAACUCACCGAUCCCACUACAACUCACCGAUCCCACCACAACUCACCGAUCCCACGACAAGUCACCGAUCCCACCACAACUCACCAGAGGUGGGACAAAGUCAUUGUUAUGCAAGUCCAAGUCGAGUCUGAAGUCAUCAAAUUCAUGACUCGAGUCUGACUCGAGUCCAAGUCACAUGACUCGAGUCCACACCUCUGCAACUCACCAAUCCCACCACAACUCACCGAUCCCACCGCUGCUCACCGGACCCACCACAACUCACCGGACCCGCCAUAGCUUACCAAACCUGCCGUCCACGAUCGCCACUGUGGCUCAAAAUGUUCCACAGCAGCAGCAGCAGCAGCAACAGGCAGUGGAACUUAUAAACAGCCAACCUGGGCCAGCAGACACAGCCAGAAGCGGCUGCCUGACACUCAACAGUCGGUAGCAUGAGAUACAGAUCGCCAAGCCCAGCUACAGCCAUGCUUACAAGCAACCACGGGCAACACUACAAGCAACUACAGCCAACGUACAAGCCGCUAACGGCCAAAACCACAAGCUGCUACAGCCAAACUACAACCAACUACAAACAAACUAAAGUAAAAAUACAACUAAAUUCCAACAAACAGCCAAACUGAUGCCAAACUACAGCCAAACUACAGCCAAACUACAGCCAAACUCAACAAAUUAUUAUAAACUUCAGCCAAAACUCCAAGCAGCCACAGGCGAACCACAGAAAACUACAGCCAAACUAUAAACAACUACAGCCGCACUACAACAAACUACAGCCAAACUAUAGCCGUCGGUGACGCUGUCGCUAGGCGACACAGCAAGUCGGUCCACACACCCCCGCGGGCUGGUUGACAGCAGCGCGCAGGCAGCUUGCUGUGAUUGGGUGAGCUCUCCCCUGUGACCCCGUGACCCCCGUGACCCCUCUGUGAUUUCCCCCGUGACCCCCGGUGUGUUGUCGAGAGACUGGGCGGGGGCGCUUGCUUGCGAUGGGGAUGGUGCCAGGCGGGUUGGUGGUGGUGGUUGUGGCUUGCUAAGUGAUGGUGCCCUCUUAGUAUUGGUGCUAUAUUUGGUGAUGCUGCUCGGCUGGCGAUGAUCUCCGUUGGCGAGGGCGCCGGCUUGGCUGUGUGGUUCAUGUCCGUGCUCUGCUCGUGGGUGAUGGUUGUGGUGGUGGCGGGUGUGUUUGGUGAUGAAUGUUACGGGGGUUGGUGAUGGGGCCGAUGUUGAAGUCUGGUACCUGUUGUUAAUUGAUCCGAAUCAAACUCCGCGGCUGUUGGGGUCUCUCGCCCCCUACACUACGACAACAUUAAUCGCUCUACUGCUGAA